AUGCUCGACUUCCUCCGCCGUCACAAUUACAAGGUGACACGUCACAUCACAUCUAAUCUGUUGAUGGUCACCUUGGUGUUUGGCAUGAGUGUAUUCACAUUCGGAUAUGAGGGAUCAACACUCAACACCAUUCAGGCUAUGACGCCGUUUGAACAACGGUUCGGCGACUACAUUCCAGCCAAGAAGGCUUUCGGGUUCACAUCAAACAAGCUGGCUUAUAUGAACUCAUUUCCUCUCCUCGUAUACGCUGUCGGUGUAAUAUGUGGAGCUCAGAUCGGCGAGCGAUGGGGCCGGAGGCUGGUAUUCAUUCUCACCAACAUUGUCUGUAUGGCCGGAACCAUCAUCGUCUACACUGCAAAGAAUUACAAUCAGCUACUCGCUGGCCGAAUGAUUGUCAACUUCCACGUCGGCAUGGAGGCAUUCCUCAUUCCAAUGUUCCAAGCCGAGAUCGCACCAGCAGCGGUUAGAGGCUCACUUACAGCUAUCUACGGUGUAAACGGAGUUUUCGCAGCAUUCAUUGCGUCGAUUAUCACCGAUGUUACGAGUAAGAUCAAGGACGACAACUGCUGGAAGAUUCCCGUGGGCAUUGGUUUCAUCUUUCCGGCCUUUUCCUUGUUCUUCUGGGUUUUGAUUCCCGAAUCCCCACGGUGGCUUCUUCGGAAGGGGAACUACGCCAAGGCGGUUGAGAACCUGGACUAUCUUUACGGAGCGAUGCCGAACUACGACGCCGAGAAGGAAGCCAAGCUUCUCCAAGAAGCCCUCAACACGAGCGAGACCACUGGAAAGUGGAAAGACUUGGUUAAGGGCACGAACUUGCGUCGUACCGUCAACGGCCUCAUCGCUGCUGCACUGGCUCAACUUUCAGGUGCAUCAUUCUCCAACUUGUACGGCACAAUCUUCUUGAAGAGCUUGAAGGUCAUCGACCCUUUCAUGGCAACCAUGGUCAAGCGAGGCCUCUUGCUUGCGACCGCAAUCACUUUCAUGUUCAUCAUCGACAAGGCCGGUCGCCGCCCGCUUUUCUUGUACAUGGGCUUCAUGCAAACAGCAGUUCUCAUGGUCAUGGGUGGGCUGGGUACGAUUGCGCACCCGACAGUUGAUAUCAACAAAGGCAUCGUUGCUUUGACGAUGAUGUUUCCCAUUUUCCACUUCGUGUCUUUCGGAGGCCCUUUGCAACUUACUAAGACCGAAAUUCCCCACAUCACACUUCGAGACAAGUCGGUCAUGCUUUUCUGGCUGACUGCUAACCUUUGCAACUUUAUCUCAACUUUCACGUUGCCUUACUUGCUGCAGGAACCAGCGAACCUUGGUUCCCGGGUCGGCCUGAUCUACGGGUCGAUCUCAGCCUGUGGCCUGGUCUGGGGUUGGUUCUGCAUGCCCGAGAUGUCUAGGAAAUCUCUUGAGGAGAUUGAUGAGAUGUUUGCUGCUGGCGUCCCAGCUUGGAAGUCAAGACAUUGGCGAGGCGAACAGACUGCUAGGAUCACCGAGUUGGAGAACAACGGUGUGGUGCCUCGCGACAGCGAUAGUGAGAGGAACAGCAUCGCAAAGUCUGACUUACAGCCGGUUGUCCAAGAAAAGCCAUCUAAGGUCUGA